GGUUCGACGACAUGAACGCCCCAGAGCUGCGGAAGCAGAUCGCUGACGUCUCCAAUACAGCCAUUGUUCCUCUCGUUUGUCAUUGGAUUCGCGCGUUCCAGUAUCGGCACGGUGCAACGCUGGAAGAUUUCAGCACCUGGAUGCGCGACGACAUCAUGUCGUGGGCCAUGCAGGAGAAGUACUGCAGUAACUUCCGGUUGAAGCAUGGUUUCCCCGUCUGCUGCGACUUACAAUUGUUGCCUGAAGCCGGCGGCGACAUGCGCGUUGGCCCCGCGGCUGCACGGCAAAGGCACAACGAGGUGCUACGCUACAAGCUCGACAUCUUUACGAACUCCACGGAGACG